AUGAUGAUUAUUGAGACUCUUGUUCUCUACGAGGAUCUCAGUGAACAUCCAUCUGCAUCACGUGAUCUCGCUCACUUCAUCUGUAAGAUGAAUCAUCUGAAGAACCUCACACUCUAUGGUUAUCAUCAUGAUGACUUCUACUCAACAUCAUCGUCGAAGGCAUCAACUACAAAGAUUGAGACUCUUGUUCUCAACGAUUAUCUCAGUGAACGUCCAUCUGCAUCACGUGAUCUCGCUCAGUUCAUCUGUAAGAUGAAUCAUCUGAAGAACCUCACACUCAAAGGACAUCAUCAUGAUGACUUCUACUCAACAUCAUCGUCGAUGGCAUCAACUGCAAAGAUUGAGACUCUUGUUCUCGAUGAGGAUCUCAGUGAACGUCCGUCUGCAUCACGUGAUUUCGCUCAGUUCAUCUGUAAGAUGAAUCAUCUGAAGAACCUCACACUCAAUGGUUUUCAUCAUGAUGACUUCUACUCAACAUCAUUGUCGAUGGCAUCAACUACAAAGGUAAUAUAUAUUAAUAAACGGGAUGAUAAUUUCCUAAAUGAGAGGUAUGAUGUUGUAAGAAACACGCAUAAAGGAAAGUAA